UCCGCGGCGCGUCCGCCCAGGCCCCGCCCCCCCGCCGGCUGCCGGGACCGUGGGGCCGGAGUCCGCUUGGCCUGGGCUGGAGCGACAGGUUAAUCUCAUCUGGGCGAGCUGGAACCAUGGCUGGCUUGGUGGACUUCCAGGACGAGGAGCAGGUGAAAUCGUUUCUGGAGAACAUGGAGGUGGAAUGCAACUACUCGUGCUACCGCGAGAAGGACCCGGAUGGCUGUUAUCGGCUGGUGGACUACUUGGAAGGAAUCCAGAAGAAUUUUGAUGAGGCUGCCAAGGUGUUGAAGUUCAACUGUGAAGAGAACAAGCACAGCGAUAGCUGCUACAAGCUGGGGGCCUAUUAUGUGACCGGAAAAGGCGGACUGACCCAGGACCUGAAAGCUGCCUUCAGCUGCUUUCUGAUGGCGUGUGAGAAGCCUGGCAAGAAGUCUGUGGAGGCAUGUCACAAUGUUGGUCUCCUGGCACACGAUGGACAGGUCAAUGACGACGGCCAGCCCGAUCUGGGGACGGCCAGAGACUAUUACACAAGGGCCUGUGAAGGCAGCUAUGCCCCGAGCUGCUUCAACCUCAGCGCCAUGUUUCUGCAGGGCGCUCCCGGCCUCCCCAAGGACAUGGGCCUCGCGUACAAAUACACCAUGAAAGCCUGUGACCUGGGCCACGUCUGGGCCUGUGCCAACGCCAGCCGCAUGUACAAGCUGGGGGAUGGCGUCGCUAAGGAUGAAGCCAAGGCUGAGGCACUGAAACAACGGGCCAUGAAACUGCAUAAAGAACAGCAGAAAAACGUCCAACCUCUAACGUUCGGGUAGCGUGGCCCCCCUCCUCUUCCCGAUGCAGCCCUCGGAGAUCCACCUGGAAGACUUGGGACUUGUUAUCAGUAGCCCCGGUUACAUACACCCAUUGCCCCGGAGUGUCACCUACUGGGAUGUAGUCUGAAAUAUUUAUUUCUUUAACUGGUGUGAUCUGUAAAAGAGACCCACAUGUAACUGGGUUUUAGAUCUCAAAACUCUUACAGCUCUGAAAAACGGCAAACUAGAGAGCCACGGAGGUUUUUGGGGGGCUGGAGAGACAAGGAGCAGGAGGUUGGAAAAAUUAGCAGCCGCAGGGCCAGAAGGAAUGAGACGUCAUCAUCAUCAUUAUUAUUUUAGUUGGGAGGCUUGAACAUCAGGAAGUAUCUUGAUUUACAUAAUAGAGGGCUUAAGGAGCUAAGAACAGUCACGCCUGCCACCCUCUGGCUUAUGUAAUCCUUGGUGUGGGCUUUAGUUCUGCCGUUAGAGUCACAUUUUUUCAGUUCAUGGAGAUCUGGAAGGUUAAAGGUCGUUAUGUUUCAGGGUUGCUAAAGAGGAUGUCACAAGCCCUCCGUCAGCGGAGACCAUCACAGUUAGUGGCCUAGCAUCCCCCGUCCCCUGCCCGGUGCUGCUGGUCACCCUGAGGGAGCAGGUCGUUCCCCAGGCCGCUUCAGGUAGGGAUUUGUAAGCAAGGCUUUUGUACACACUCUGUCCCUCAGAACAGAACCUUUUUAACUGUUCCUGUGAAUAAACUAUUUCGAUUAAUA